UAAUAAUGAAACUGUUAUGAAAAAAAAGAGGACCAGAAAGGGGAAUGUAAUUCCCGGUAGAAUUGGAUCCAUUAAUUUGAAUGUUGUCUUAUGUCACAAGCAACAUGUCAAUGAUUAGUUCUCCCACCCCACAUGCUGUUUAAAUGCGUGCUCGUAUUUACUCUCCUUUACGUUCGUGUGACCGGAGAGAGAACAAACGGGCUGCUGCUGACUGACAUCCACUGAGCUCCAGAGCGGAGGUCUCGGCUUUAUCACAUUCAGUUAACCUGUGAUGCUGACCCGGUGAUGCGCAAGGUCUCGGCGCGGUCCACUACACCGCUUUUACGCGCAGGCGUUGAUGGAUCUGUCCGUUAACCACAGACGAACAUACGCGCACCGUGCCGCGCGCUAGGUCUUCCCGACGUGAGCGAACAGGAUAGUCGUCAAGGACGGGUCACUUCUUCACCUGAAUUCCUCCAGAGAGUGUGAGAAAUCGAUGAGAAACAUCGUGCAGGUGCGCAGCACCCCACACCAAUCCAAGAAUGGAACUUCUUACCUGGGUAUGAGAGGUCUAUGAAUGGGACUGUGCUGUGGCCACGACGGCUCUCCAGUCAGGACUAUGUGCUGCCCGCGCACCCCUUUGAAUGCACUGGCCAACUGUUUGCGAGAACAGGGAGGGCGGGGGGUCCCACCGGGGACGAGCUGGAAGCAGGGUAACGCCGGCUCCUUUCCGAAUCGCGGUGCUGGGGGCCCAAGGGGUGGGCAAAACAGCGAUUGUACAGCGCUUUCUUCACUAUGACUACAGUGAGGUACCAGUGUCCAGUAAAGCACGAAGGGUUCACCUUUCUGCCGCAGUGCUCAACGGUCAUGUCCAUGACCUCCAGAUCACAGAUUAUCCGGCCAUCAGCAGCUUCCCUGUCAGCACUCUGCAGGAAUGGUCAGACGUUUGCUGUCGAGGCAUUCGGAGCGCUCACGUCUACAUCCUGGUAUAUGACAUCUGCUGUUUUGACAGCUUCGAGUAUGUCAAAACCAUGCGGCAGCAGAUCUUGGAGACCAGGGUCAUGGGCUCUGGGGACACUCCUAUUCUGAUUGUGGGCAACAAGCGUGAUCUGCAGCGAGGUCGCGUCAUCCCCCGGCACAGGAUAUCUGACUUAGUCCGAAAGAGCUGGAAGUGCGGAUAUGUGGAGUGCUCUGCAAAGUUCAACUGGCAUAUUCUUUUGCUGUUCGGCGAUGCGCUCCGCAGUGUGGGAUGCGCCCGGUGCAAACACAUCCACGCCACCAUCCGUUUCCAGCGAGCGCUCAGGAGAGAGCGUUGUGUCCUGAUGUGACAUUCACAGUUUCAUCUGUAAUGGAUAGUUAAAAUGGUCCAUGGGAUUUUUCAGGUUAUGGAUGCUUCAUGGUUUCCUGGUCAUAUAGAGAGGUACAGUAACACUUGCCAAGGAUGUCGCAUUUGGGAUUUUAAUAGUACAAAGACAGACGUGGUCGAAAACAGGAAGUCAGUCCCUGUUGCUUCGUACCUUUAGACUGAUGUCUCCGCAUUUAGCCUGGAAGAACGCAACUUCUCUGCCUCAUAGCCUGGAAAUCCAAACUGGAAAAAUAAAACAGCAUUACAAUAGCUCUGUUCUGUCAUUGCUUAUGUUCAGGCCGGGACAGCAAAUGAGCACUCACCUAUGCUUAUGCUGAGCCAAUGCUAAAGGGUCUUCAGCACCUGAUUGAUUUACAAAGCCUGUGUCAUUUUCUUCUCAUGAAAAGUGAAAAUGUUCUUAAGAAAAUAUUUGAGAACUUUUUAAGAAGGAACAUUCUUACGAGCUUCAUAUAGUUUAUCUUUAGAACAAUCUUAUAUUUUGUCUUAAGAACAGUUUCUUGAAUCCGGCCCCAGGUGCCCAAAAUAGGCACCUCUCAUUCUGCAAUACUCCACAGAACACAAACCAGAAAAGAGUCUAGUUUCUGUGGAUACUUUAUGAAGGAACUUUUGAUAGUGUAUUAUCCCAAAAAUCUCAUUUAUGCCAAGGCACGAAAAUUUGUCAAAUUCAUUUAUUCAUUGAAGAAUAUUAUCUCAUAGUGUGUUUUGAUCAUAUGAUCAUAAAUUGUAAAGCCCACAUGUUUAAGCAGAGGACAAUAUUCAUGCGAGACAAAGAAAAAUGUAUCUUCCUUACUGAUUUUACCCAACACUUAACAAAUCAGCUAAUGACGCACAACCCUGUCUGAACAAAUACAUGAUAAGCACAUGUACGUCUAAUGAUGACUGUAGUCUAAUAAAUGGAUAGACACUGAAAACAAAUCCUUUUUUUGUUUGGUGAGAUCAACAGCCACAUUAGUAUCUCUUUUUCAUAACCAAUGUGUUGUAACCGUUAUUGUAAUAACUACAGUUAUUGUAAAAUCUAUAAUAAAGAGGUAAUUUAUAGCUGGAACAGUAUAAAUCAAUAAGGCAAAACACAAUGUAGCUGAGUGAGACUGAGCUAGUGUGCACUAAAGCUUUGCUGUUAUGAGUUGUUCUGUGGACUUUUAGUUUGUAUCUUCCUAUUUCCUGUAUUGUGUUGUAGUCUUUCUAGUUCUUUUGUUCAUUGGUUCCCUUGUGAUUGUCUCCCCAGGUGUGUCUUGUUAGCUAGUUACCCCUGUGUACCUAUAUAGCCUAUAACCCUAGUGUUUGCGAUGUUAUUUGUCAGUCUUUGUUUUUCGUGGAGUUUUGUCUUGGUCUUCAUUGUAUUCAUUCCAUAGAUUAUUUUGUUUUGGUUUUGUCCUGUUUUCUUUUCAUUAAAAGUUUUUACUGCAUUUGGAUCCACUGCCUUGUUUGCCUGGGUUUCUCUUUGUUACAGAAAGACUGACCUAAAAAUGGAUCUAGCAGUAUCCCUCGUCAGUAUGCGGCAAGAUAAUCGUAUCCUCGAGGACCAUAUUCAAGACUUUCUGGACAUUUCAAUUUACUCUGAUCUCCCAGUUUUUUUCUGUUAUGGAUUAAACCAACCACUUCAAGAACACCUCAUCCAUAAUGGUCCUCGAAGGUCACUAGUGGAAU